AUGCUCUCAAUACAGAAUGCCAAGUCGAAGAAAUGCACACCAAACCUCCUCCCGGCGCGGAUAAACCACAACGGCCCCAUCAACAGCACACCACGAUACUGGGCGCCGACAACAGAUGAGAAAGGAACACAACACGUCCACUUCCGCGGCCGUCACCUGCACGGCACCACCCUCCCACUCCCAUCAAACUACACCGGCGCCGUGCUAAAUAUCACCGACAAACUCGCCCCACAAACACAAACACGCACACUACCCUCUACAGCCACCGAAUCCACAAACCACGACGACGACGAAGACAUGGAGCAGGAAUUACUCGAGGAAGUCAAGGUCGCCGAGCAAAUCGGCGAGUUCGAUUCCAUCGUGGUAUGGGGCCACGGCGGGGUGGUGGAUGAAGGGUCUGAUAUGUUUGUGCGGGGAGUGAGGGAGUGGGUUGAUUUCGCCGAGGCUCUGCAUUGUGACGAGGAAGAUGGAGUGGAGACGAACGGCGCGAAGCCAUCAUGA